GCGUGCAUUCCGCUGCGCGCACUUACGUUCGUACGAAGGGGAGAGGAUCGGCGGGGCGAUUACGCGAGUCUACAUAUGCCGCAUGCCGCUCGAUCGUCCGUGAUAAUCGCAGGUACGGCUUGUUCUCGCGGAUAAGGUGACGAUCUCAACGUGAAGUGUAAAUUCAAGUACAAUGGAGGCAGCGGGACGAUUAUUUCUCUUGAUGGCAAUUUUGCGUCUCGCAAUGCAAGAGGAAGUCGCGAAGGGUGCGUGCAAUUGCGGGGUAUUUCUCAUUCCGGAAACGAAGCUGAUAAUAGAUCAAACGCUGCACUAUAAUGUGAGCUGCGAUCAAGAAGGCGCGAAAACGUGUCAACAAUUAUGUAUCGCUUUGGCUGAAGGUGCUCGGGAUAAGGCACCGAUGCUGAUUUGCGAAAAACUGAAAAGCCAUUUCGAAAAUCUCAAGGUGGCCGUAUACAUAAAAUCGUGUAAUAUGGCUCUUUGGAUACCCACUGGUUUGGAGAGCACCGAGCCCAUUUGCUGUCACGAAGGGAAGGUAGUUAUUUGUGACGAGGCGAUGUCGAUGAUAGAGAAUUAACGAGCUCGCGCAGCCAAUUCAUUAUUUCCCGCUUAUUUCCACCGCUAACGGGUAUCUUACUAUGGAUUACGUAAUAUCCUACCGUGUAAUUAAUAUACCGCCGCUUGUUACGCUAACAUAUUAUACGCGUGUACUUUCUAGUUCAACAUUCGCAAUUCGCAAUUAGUAAUUAGUAAUUUUCUGCGGAUUUAUAAGAUCAUCGUAAGAUUUAUAUAUAUAUAUAUAUAUAUAUAUAUAUAUAUAUAUAUA